AUGACGCUCACCGUCGAAGUCAUUACAUUUGUUUCGAACUUCCGAUGGUAUAUCAUUAGGUCUGUCUUGACGGCGUAUGUAGCGAUGGUUCGCGAAGAGUGCCUUUGGCAUCGGCCCCCGGGCCACGAAGUGCUAGCUGACAUCUGCUGGAAAAAGAGGACACUGGUGCGGAUGGGCCCAGAUACAUUGAUCACAAACUCGCCAGAACUGGUCAUGAGAAUAAGUGCUGCGAGAUCUCCAUACAUCAAAGGCGAUUGGUACCAUAGUGUCAAAAUGCCACCCUACCAACACUAUAUUUUCAGUGAGGACGAUGAAAAAAAGAUGACUUAUCGUCGAGCACAGAUGACUGAAGGGUAUUCUGGCAGGACGAACCCGUUAAUAAAGCCCUAUAUCGACAAACAUAUCCGGAAUCUGCUUAAACUCAUUCGUGCUAAUUAUGUCUCCACGGAUGCCUCCAUUUCAAAGAGGCUGGUCCGUGAUCGCUUCGCCACGACCAAAGUGAUGCCGAAAGACAUGCUCUCGGUGUGCAUGUCGCACGGCCUCAGCGAGAAAGUCAUAGUCGCCAAAUCCACCGUCAGUAUCCUCGCAAGGUCAGAUACCACGGCGACAGUCAUCCGCGCGACACUCCAGUACACCGUCACCGACCCGUCGACACUCUUCAAGCUCCAAGCCGAGAUGGACACAUACCUCGCGUCCACAGCCGGUGCUGGGAACACCACCACCUCGGCCGCGGACAUCAUCCAAGACAGCGAAGCGAAAGAGCUCCCGUACCUCCAUGGCGACCUGGUCGACCUCGACGCGCACCGUACCGGGAAACCCGAGAAGGUCUUUAUCCCAGGCGGGACCAACAUCGCCUGGACCUCGCGGGAGGGAGAAGGGCGUCGCCGACUUCGCCCGUGUACUUCUAGGGGUGUGCAGCAGGACAAUUGGAUCUUCGGGCAAGAUACGGACCUAUCCCGGUCCGAGAGGUGGCUCAUUGGUGAUGUCGAGAAGCUGGCCUACGUGGACAAGGUGGCGGACCUGAACUUUGGUUGUGGGAGGUACCGCUGUCUCGGCUACCGCAUUGCGUGGACGGAGCUGAACAAAUGCCUCCUUGAGGUGAGCCUGUGUCUUUCCGUGGGUGGAAUUUUCCUGGCUCCUAAUGCGCCGUGGCAGCUGUUCCGGAAUUUCGAUGGCCAGUUUGUCAACCCGGCAAGGCCGUGA